AUGUUGGUGCUAAACUGUUCUACCAAAUUACUAAUACUGGAAAAAAUGUUGAAGAUUCACUUUCCUGAAUCACUCAAGGUUUAUGGAGCAGUGAUGAACAUAAAUCGUGGGAAUCCCUUUCAAAAGGAAAUAGUAUUGGAUUCAUGGCCAGACUUCAAAGCUGUUAUCACCCGGCAGCAGAAAUCGACUGAGACAGAUAACCUGGACCAUUAUACUAAUGCCUAUGCUGUGUUCUACAAGGAUGUCAGGGCUUACCAACAGCUAUUGGAAGAAUGUGAUGUUAUCAACUGGGACCAAUGUUUUCAAAUACAAGGGCUGCAGAGUGAGUUAUAUGAUGUUUCCAAAGCUGUUGCCAACUCAAAGCAGGUAGAUGUAAAGCUAACUUCCUCCAAGGCUGUUUGCUUCCCUGCUGUUACACCUCUGCCAGACACCAGUUCCCUAAUGGGGACUUCCCUACGACUAACUUACCUGAGUGUUGCUGAUGCUGAUCUACUCAACCGGACUUGGUCUCGGGGCGGCAAUGAACAGUGCCUCCGGUACCUUGCCAACGUCAUCUCCUGCUUCCCCAGUGCAUGUCUCCGCGAUGACGAGGGAAGCCCAAUCUCUUGGUGUCUCACAGACCAGUUUGCCACCGUUUGCCACAGCUAUACUCUGCCAGAGCAUCGCAGAAAAGGUUAUAACAAGCUGGUGGUCCUCACACUGGCCAGGAAGUUGCAAAGCUGGGGGUUCCCUUGUCAGGGCAAUAUUCUGGAUGACAACAUGGCACUCAUAAGCCUCCUGAACUGUAUCCAUGUGGACUUCUUGCCUUGUCGUUUCCAUAGGCUUAUUCUCACCCCUGCAAGUUUUUCUGGCCAAGUUCACCUCUAG